GAGAGAGAUUUUUUGUUCUUUUGCUCUUCCAUAUUCCCUUUCUUCAGGCAGUAAGACAGCAAGCAGAGCUCCCGGAAUCAAAACAGCACAGUGAGCACGUUAUACAGAAGGAGCAGAGCAACUCCACCAAGAGAGAAAGGAGAGUUUGUGCAGAAAGUGAAUCGUGAGAGCAGGGCAGGAGCAGAUUUUUUUUUCUCCUCACAUUCUGGAAACAGGAGAAUACUAGCCUGAAAGCCCACGUCUGAAGCGGUGCAAGAUCAUGCCUGCAAGACGAAGAUACUCUGGAGGCAGCCUGGCAGAGGCAUGCAUCCGAAUACUGCUCCUGUGCGAGGCUGCCUUCAGCAGUUAUGCCAUGGCAUGCCCUGCGCUUUGCACUUGCAGUGGUACCACAGUGGACUGCCAUGGGCUGGGGCUCAAAACCAUGCCCAGGAAUGUACCCCGAAACACAGAGAGACUAGAACUGAAUGGAAACAACCUCACACGAAUCAACAGAAAUGACUUUUCUGGACUGAAGUACCUGCGAGUUUUGCAGCUCAUGGAGAACCAGAUCGGAACUGUGGAGCGUGGCGUGUUUGAUGACAUGAGAGAGCUGGAGAGACUCCGCCUGAACAGGAACCAAAUUCACCAGCUUCCAGAGCUUCUGUUUCAGAAGAAUGCGGCUCUGUCGAGACUAGACUUGAGUGAGAACUUCAUCCAGGCGAUUCCUCGAAAGGCCUUCCGUGGAGCAACAGACAUCAAGAACCUUCAGUUGGACAAGAAUCACAUCAGUUGCAUUGAGGACGGCGCUUUUCGUGCAUUACGUGGACUGGAAGUUCUAACACUGAACAACAACAACAUCAGCAGCAUUCCAGUGUCGAGUUUCAACCACAUGCCCAAGCUCAGGACCUUCCGUUUGCAUUCCAAUAACCUGAACUGUGACUGUCACCUUGCCUGGCUGUCCCAGUGGCUGCGGGAGCGGCCAACCAUUGGUCUAUUCACCCAAUGCAUCUCUCCAGCUCCACUUCGAGGACUCAAUGUGGCCGAGGUCCAGAAACAUGAAUUCUCCUGUACAGGUCAGUCUGGAAAUCCUGCUGUUCAGUCAUGUAGUUUUGCUGCUGGCUCGUGUCCGGCUGUCUGCACCUGCAGUAAUAAUAUCGUAGACUGCAGAGGAAAAGGACUGACUGUGAUCCCUGCGAACCUGCCCGAUAGCAUGGCAGAGAUACGACUGGAACAGAAUGGAAUCAAGUCAGUCCCUCCUGGAACGUUCUCUCCUUACAAGAAGCUACGUAGAAUAGACCUGAGCAACAACCAGAUUUCUGAGAUUGCUCCUGAUGCCUUCCUGGGCCUACGCUCCCUCAAUUCACUGGUUUUGUACGGGAACAAGAUCACUGAUCUUCCCAGAGGAGUUUUUGAUGGACUCUACGCCCUACAGCUGCUCCUUUUAAAUGCAAACAAGAUCCACUGUCUUCGUGCCAACACAUUUCAGGACCUGCAGAACCUCUCGCUGCUUUCUUUAUAUGACAACAAAAUCCAAACGUUAGCCAAAGGCACCUUCACCUCAUUGCGUGCAAUCCAGACACUUCAUUUGGCCCAGAAUCCGUUCAUCUGUGAUUGUAAUCUCAAGUGGUUGGCUGAUUACCUGCGCUCCAACCCCAUAGAGACCAGCGGCGCCCGAUGCACGAGUCCGCGCCGCCUCGCCAACAAACGCAUCGGCCAGAUCAAGAGCAAGAAGUUCCGCUGCUCUGCCAAAGAGCAGUACGUUAUCCCAGGAACUCAGGACAACAGCCUAAAUAAUGACUGUAAUAAUGACCCAGUCUGCCCAGCAAAAUGCCGCUGUGAGUCUAACGUGGUGGACUGUUCGAACCUGCGAAUGAGUCGAAUCCCUGAGCACAUCCCAGGGUCCACCACCGAACUUCGUCUCAACAAUAACGAGAUCACAAGUAUAGAAGCCACAGGUGUAUUCAAGACGCUUUCACACCUUAAGAAAAUAAACCUCAGCAACAAUAAGAUCUCUGAAAUAGAAGACGGUGCAUUUGAGGGGGCUUCUUCUGUCAACGAACUGCACCUGACGGCUAACCAGCUGGACUCCGUACAGAGUGCCAUGUUCAGAGGUCUGGAUGGCCUGCGGAUGCUAAUGCUGCGAAACAAUCGAAUCAGCUGCAUUCACAACAACAGUUUCACUGGAUUGCACAAUGUCCGUCUGCUGUCCCUCUUCGACAACACAUUGACGACCAUCACUCCCGGAGCCUUCGACACACUCCAGAGCCUCUCAACCCUAAACCUUCUUGCCAACCCCUUUAACUGUAACUGUCAUCUGGCAUGGCUGAGCAACUGGCUGAGGAACCGCAAAAUCGUCACAGGAAACCCACGUUGCCAGCGACCAGCAUUUCUCAAGGAGAUUCCCCUGCAGGAUGUGGCAUUACCGGAUUUCCGCUGUGAAGAAAGUCAUGAGGAAGCGAGCUGUACGCCACCUGUACAGUGUCCCAGCGAGUGUACCUGUCUGGAGACGGUGGUGCGCUGUAGCAACAAACAUCUUCAGGUCUUACCCAAAGGCAUUCCUCGCAACGUCACGGAGCUGUACUUGGAUGGAAAUCAGUUCAGCAUCGUGCCGAAAGAGCUCUCCACCUACAAAAAUCUGCAGCUGGUAGAUCUGAGUAACAAUAAAAUCAGCACCUUGACCAAUUCAUCGUUUGCCAACAUGAGUCAACUUACUACCUUGAUUCUGAGCUAUAAUGCUCUUCGUUGUAUCCCGACUCUUCCCUUCUGGGGUCUUCGAUCUCUCCGCUUGUUGUCUCUGCAUGGUAAUGACAUCUCAGAGCUGCCUGACGGGAUCUUCAAUGAUGCUGCAUCACUGUCACAUCUGGCGAUUGGGGCAAACCCUUUAUACUGUGAUUGCCGACUGCGUUGGCUCUCUGACUGGGUGAAAACUGGUUAUAAGGAGCCUGGCAUUGCGCGCUGUGUCGGCCCACAUGGCAUGGAGGGCAAAUUACUGCUAACCACCCCUGCCAAGAGGUUUGAAUGUCAAGGUGAGGUGGACACUGCCAUACUAGCAAAGUGUAACCCGUGCAUGUCUAGUCCCUGUCUGAACCACGGCACCUGCGAGACACUUCAGGCAGAAGGCUACAGCUGCAGCUGUUUAGAGGGUUAUAAGGGCAAGAACUGUGAAACAGUGCUGAACACUUGUGUCAGUGAGCCCUGUAAGAAUGGAGGAACAUGUCACAUGUCUGGAGAAGAGUAUGGAGGUUAUAGCUGUUGGUGUGCUGCAGGCUUUGAAGGUCCCACGUGUGAGACAGACAUUGACGAGUGUAAAGAUAAUGUCUGUCAGAAUGGAGCGACCUGCAUAGAUGGCCUCAAUAAUUACACCUGCUUAUGUACCACUUUUUACACAGGGGAGAUGUGUGAUGAGAUGGAGGACAUGUGUGCUCCUGGCCGCAGUCCCUGCAAACAUCAGUCCACCUGCUUCAUCACAGUCACUGGCCCAAAGUGUAUAUGUGCACUUGGUUAUGUGGGUGACGACUGCAGCAUGAACUACGAUGACUGUAAGGAACAUAGGUGCCAGAACGGGGCAGAGUGUGUGGACAAGGUUAAUGGAUAUUCCUGCAUUUGCCCAAAGGGCUACAGUGGAAAGCUUUGUGAAGUGCCAUCUACUCCGCUGUCUACUUGUGACCUGGCUGACUGUCAGAACAGUGCACCUUGUGUGGAGCGGGGUGGCCAUCCACUGUGUCAGUGCCUGGCAGGAUUUGGUGGGCCACGUUGUGAAAAGUUGGUCAGUGUCAAUUUUGUGGACAGAGAUUCAUACCUGCUCCUCAGUGACCUGAAGAACUGGCCUCAGGCCAACAUCACUCUACAGGUGUCCACCGCAGAAGACAAUGGCAUUCUUUUGUACAAUGGAGACAAUGACCACAUUGCUGUGGAGCUUCAUGAAGGUCAUGUUAAAGUCAGCUAUGAUGCUGGAAGCCAACCAGGUCAUGCAAUCUACAGUACUGAGACCAUCAAUGAUGGGCAGUUCCACACAGUAGAACUGGUGACCUUAGACCAGAUGGUGAACCUUUCCAUAGAUGGUGGCAUACCAACAACCAUGGACAGCUUUGGCCAAGCGCAACCCUUGAGGGGGGAAGCUCCACUAUAUGUGGGGGGUAUGCCGGUCGAUGUCCACCCCACAGCCCCUCGUGUCUGGCAGAUCCAAAACGGCUCCAGCUUCCAUGGCUGUAUUCAGAAUCUUUACAUUAAUAAUGAGCUACAAGACUUUACCAAAACCCAGAUGAAACCCGGUGUGGUGCCCGGGUGUGAGCCCUGCCGAAAGAUAUAUUGCCUACAUGGCAUCUGCCAACCCAAUGGCCCAACCGGCCCCAUUUGCCACUGCCAGCCUGGAUGGAGUGGGCAACACUGUGACCAGCCAGCUGCAAACCCCUGCCUGGGCAGCAAGUGUGUCCACGGAAAGUGUAUUCCAAUGGAUAUGCAGUCGUACCACUGCGAAUGUCAGGAGGGUUUUCAUGGUGCCCUGUGCAACCAACAGGAAGAACUCUUCAACCCAUGCAGAAAGCUCCAAUGCAAACAUGGUCACUGUCAGAUAUCUGAUUCAGAAAAUGCCUAUUGUCAUUGUGAGGUCGACUACAGUGGAGAGUUAUGUGACAAGGAGUCCGAGUGCCAUGGGGAGCCAGUGAGGGACUUCUACCAGGUGCAACGUGGCUAUGCCAUCUGUCAAACCACACGCAUGGUGUCAUGGGUGGAGUGCAGCGGUGCCUGCGACACGGGCUCAUGCUGCGCUAGCCAAAGGAUGAAACGCAGGAAAUACACGUUUGAGUGUAGUGAUGGAACGUCCUUCAGUGAGGAGGUUGAAAAGACCAUCAAGUGUGGCUGUGUGGGGUGCAUGUAGAACACAAACACUAGCAUCACUACCCCAUAACAGUCUGACAGAACUGCAGAAAGAGCCAUCACAAAUAAGAGAGUCAACAGAAAUAAAUCAUAAAUAUCUUUCAUUUGGUUUGCAGAGACACCCCCAACCCCAUACUUCCAAUAAUAGCCUGACAUUUUAACCAAUUUUUUCCAUUCAUAUGGUCUCAGAAAGAUAAAAUAACAUCCACUCUGCUGACAGGAAGGUGAGGAAGAUGGCCUCUGGCUAGUUUUAGCCUUUUAAGGACAGUAAUGAACUAUUAGAGGAAAAUGAUGGUCUUUUUGCCCUCUCUGCGGUGCAGGUCUAUUUGUGCAGAUAAGGCGGAUGGUGAUGAAAGAAACAUCAAUGUUUCCACCAUGCCAGAAAAAUGUGAUAUAUAUGUGGAAGAAUACUGUCACUGUCAGAACAUGUAAAACCAGUAAAGCAAGAAGCAUGGAAUGACAUGCUGUCUUACCAGAUAUUUAUUAAAAAUCUAAUUAAGACUAAAAGCAGAGUGUUAUGGGGGUUAUAAGGGACCUCUGCAUGUAUCACUGCUCCAGUUCCACUGCAAAUAUGGCAUCAUUUAUGAACUGUUUGGGGUCAGAAAUACCCCAUAAAGGGAGGUUCUUUAUGAUAUUUAGACUUUCAGUAGAUAUAGAUAGUUCAAAUAAAGUCAAACAAAAGGAUUCUUUUAUUUGAUUGUCACUGAUCUAUUCCAUCUGGUGUUUAGCAUUCCAUUACCUCAAAUAGAGAACUUUAUAGUAUGUAAUAGAGAGCUGAAAUCCAAGUGGUAGACAGAUCUCAUCAAACAAUAAUUUGCUAAGAUGCGUGCUCAUUGUCAUGUCUGGAUUGUGGUUUAUAUUAGCACUGUUGCACAGAAAAUAGAAUGGCCCUUAUCAAAACACAAACACACACCACUGCUAUUUUCAGUGUUGAAACUUUAUUAGGGGUAAACUAUAUCUAUGGGUUAUGAUCACAACACUGUAUACGCCUCUUAGAAGUACAAGAUUUCCCUUCCAUUGACAUUUUCACGCUGUAAGAACCCAGAAUAUGAAGUUGUCUUGUCAAUACCUACAAUAGCAUUACCUCUGAAAAUUACUGCAUUAACGAAAGGUUUGCAAAUUGACGUGCAUCCUUCUAGAAUUGUUGAAUAAGUCAAAAACAGUGCAGUUUGGAUUUCAUAUUUUUGGUGCGUGUUUGUUUUUUCAUUGAUUUCAUUUUCCUAACCCCCUAGACCUUCACUUUAUACAGAAAUGCUUAACAGAUUCUAAUAUAUAUUUGUAUUUCAUUUUGGUAUAGUAUUUUUAUAUGUUAAAGAAUACAUUUGUGUUUCCAGGAUUUUACUAUCAAACAGCAGCGUGACUUGGUGUUUUAUUCGGUCAUUUAAUUCACUCGCUUCUACAGGCUACAGUGUUUUGUAACUGGCCAAAUGCAUAGAUAAUUAUUAGCCUUAUUUUAAUAGGAGCCAGUCAAUUGUUUUGGAAGGUUUUUUAAUAUUUAAAAUGUUGUCUUACAUGAGUUGUUAAAUGUUGUCAUUACAUUCCUUUGAAAUAUCUGUGAUUUUGAAAUUAUUUAUUUGAAUUCCUUUCCAGAUAUAAAGCUGAAUUGUCUUUUAUGAAUUUGCUAAUUUUGAGUCACUGAGUUAAG